ACAGAACAUCUAAAGCCGCCAAGCAAGAACGACAGCCAUCUUAAUUGCAUGCAUAUUUGGAUGUUGUUCAAUUAGGGUUAGAUUAAACAUGGCCGAUAUGCAAAUUGUUCUGGCUAAGGCUUGCCAAAAUGUAGAGGCGCAGUAUGUGGAGAUGAUGGUUCCUCUCUAUUCUCAUGGAUGUGAGAAGAAAGUCAAGAAGACCCUCUCCCAUCUCAAAGGGAUAUACUCGGUGAAGGUGGAUUACGACCAACAAAAGGUGACUGUGUGGGGAAUAUGCAACAAAUACGAUGUGCUUGCAACCGUGAGGAGCAAGAGAAAGGACGCCUGUUUUUGGAACCCACAAGACAACGCCAUUGCCUUAGAAUUAGAAUCGCAGCCUCCCUCAGACUCAAGCUCUCCUCCAAUUUCAUCAACUUCAAGAUACGCAAACUCUUCUUUAGCUCUUAUCAGGGUUCACUCUCUAAGCUUAAAAUUGAAAGCAUGGAAGAAAGUCUUCACUAGAUCCUACUCGUUACCCUGAUCCCGAGAGAGGCUUUCUCAAGGGUUAUUCCUAAUAAACCCUAAUACUUUUGAAUUUGUAUCUAAUUUUCUAAAAAAUUAACUUGAGGGGUACGUUAAAGAGAAUUGUCUGUUGACAUCUAUUCCCUAUUAUAAUUAGUCAAAAGAGACUGGGUGCUGGUCUAAUAUUAUGUACCCAUGGCCAGCCAGUCUUUCUCUUUAAA